AUGGUCCUAUCCUUCCUCUCCCGCCUAACCAGGCCCUUCACCGGAACAACUGGUCUCGGCAUCUCCUCCGCCGACGGCGGCAGCGCGGCCGCCUCGGCAUCUGCCGCGAUCCCCGCCGGCGCCGAGCGGGCCACCAUCGCCGCGGGCUGCUUCUGGGGCGUCGAGCACAUCUACCGGAAGCACUUUGGGGACCGGGGCUUGUACGACGCGCGCGUUGGAUACAUCGGCGGCGACUCGGCGAACCCGUCCUACCGGGCCGUGUGUUCGGGCGAGACCGGGCACGCCGAAGCAACGCAACUGGUAUACGAUCCCACGCGCAUCACCUACCAGCAGCUCCUCGAGUUCUUCUACAAGAUGCACGACCCGACGACGGCGGACCAGCAGGGUCCCGACCGGGGCUCGCAGUACCGCAGCGGCAUCUUCUUCCACGACGCCGAGCAGGAGGCCGUCGCGCGGGAGGUGACCAAGAAGGUCAACGAGCAGUGGUGGGGCGGCAAGGUCGUCACGCAGGUCCUGCCCGCCGGCCGGUGGUGGGACGCCGAGGAGUAUCACCAGCUGUAUCUCGACAAGAACCCCUCGGGGUACGAGUGCCCCAGCCAUUUUCUGAGGAAGUUCCCGGACUUGAAAUAG